AGACCGCAGACAUCACUGCUUCAGCUUCCAAGCUCCAGCCUCCAGCUCGCCUGCAGGAGAUCGAAUUCCACUCCCUACACCUCCACCUCCACCUAUACCACUCGUUUCGCCGCACAUCUCGCAACAUGGCGGCCCAGAACUCAGCAGGCAUCCAGACACUGCUCGACGCCGAGCGUGAGGCGCAAAAGAUUGUACAGAAAGCCAGAGAAUACCGAACGAAGCGCGUAAAAGACGCCCGAUCGGAAGCGCAAAAGGAAAUUGAAGAAUACAGAAAUUCAAAGGAAGAGGAGUUCAAGUCAUUCGAGUCGCAGCACACAUCAGGCAACAAGAAGGCCGAACAAGACGCCGAGAAGGAAACCGAAAAGUCACUCAGCGAGAUCAAGGGGAUUGGCAAGAAGACGGGACCCAAAGUCGUGGAUGAUCUGUUGAAGGCUGUUAUGGAUGUGAGACCCGAGGUGCCGAAUCGGGUGGAUCAGCCCUCAGCGUAAGAAGUGGAAGGAAGCAGCACGAGGCAUGCAUGAUACGGGUGAAGUAUACGAAAAAGUUUGGGCGAGGUUUAUAGGCAUGAGAUGGGAUGGGAUGAGAUUUUCGAUACCACCACUAUGAACCAAGAGCCACACGAACACGCACAGAGAACUACACUUCAUUACCCAAGUUCUGAGUGUUUCCAAGUGCUGAUAUUCAUGGAUCGCCCCGAAUCGGUGAGCAACAGAUCACCACGGGGAGGUUGCCAACCUUGGGCGAAGCACACUCUACCCACAUGUACCUUAUUCCAUGCAUGCAAAUAACAUGAAAAAGAAAACAGCCAUCCUACCCC